CUGUCUCCUCACUCCAGAACUGCAAAAGGAAGCAAUCACCAAAAUGAAGACUGCUUUAAUUUUGCUCAGCAUUUUGGGAAUGGCCUGUGCUUUCUCAAUGAAAAACUUGCAUCGAAGAGCCAAAUUAGAGGAUUCUGAAGAAAAUGGGGUCUUUAAGUACCGGCCACGAUAUUCUCUUUACAAGCAUGCCUACUUUUAUCCUCCUCUAAAACGAUUUCCAGUUCAGAGCAGUAGUGACUCAUCUGAAGAAGAUGGAAAUGGUGACAGCUCAGAAGAGGAGGAAGAAGAAGAGGAGACUUCAAAUGAAGAAGAAAACAAUGAAGAGAAUGCAAAUUCUGAUGAAAAUGAAGAUGAAGAGUCUGAGGCUGAGAACACCACCCUUACUGCCACACCUGGCUAUGGAGAGGAGACCACACCUGGAACAGGUUAUAUAGGUCUAGCUGCAAUCCAACUUCCCAAGAAGUCUGGGGAUAUAGGACACAAGGCUACAAAAGAGGAGGAAAGUGACGAAGAAGAAGAGGAAGAUGAAGAAAAUGAAGAAAAUGAAGCAGAAGUGGAUGAAAAUGGGCAAGGCAUAAACGGCACCAGCAGCAACAGCACAGAGGCAGAAAAUGGCAAUGGCAGCAGUGACGGAGACAAUGGAGAAGAAGGUGAAGAAGAAAGUGUCACUGAAGCCCACACAGAAGGAACCACAGUGGUUGGAAAGCAGGACAACGGUGGAUCUAAGACAACAGUCUCUCCGGAUGGUGGGUUUGAACGUACGACUCCACCACCAGAGCUCUAUGGGACUACCACCCGGCCAUCUGGGGAAGCCACCCCCACCGGAUAUGAGGGAGAGUAUGAACAAACAGGCACUAAUGAAUACGACAAUGGAUAUGAAGUCUAUGAAAAUGAGAAUGGGGAACCUCGUGGGGAUAAUUACCGAGCCUAUGAGGAUGAGUACAGCUACUAUAAAGGGCGCAGCUACGAUGGCUAUGAUGGUCAAGAUUACUACUAUCGCCAUCAGUGAAGACGCAGCCUGGGAUGAAUUCCUCCAUUCUGGCAUUUCAUGUGGCUACCAUUUUCAAAGUUCAACUCAGGAAGGUGCAAUAUAACAAAUGUGCAUAUUAUAAUGGGGAAUGGUGCUACUGUUCCAAAGUAAUUUUCUGUAAUUGCUUCUGAAAGUAAUGUGCUUCUUGUUGCUUUUCCCUGGUAUAUUAUUGAAAAGC